UUCAAUCUCGACAAUGCUCGGAUCGAAGCGCUCGGGAGCCCUUGGAAUCAUUGGACAACAUGUAGAGUUUCACGUCAUUUGCAAUAAUGAAAUGAUAUAUAUCCUCUUGAGCUUGUCACUCUCACUCCCUUAACAUUUGACUUGAUGUCAAAAACUCAACUCACAAAAGAAAAUGGCGGAUUUUGAAAAACAGCCCCUCCAUCUCAAGGAACAAGAUUUAACUGGCAAGGUAGCUGUUGUAACCGGUGCUUCCAGAGGUAUCGGACGAGCAAUAGCUGUCAACCUCGCCUGUCGUGGAUGCAGUGUCCUGGGAACAUGCUCAUCAGACGCCUCCCUCCAUCUCAUCGACACUCUUUCUCAAAGCAUCACUAAGCUUUACGAGGAUAAUCCUCAGACUUCACCGCCUUUAUCGAAACCCAAGAUAUAUGGCCUGGCAGCAGACAUCACUGCCUCCAACCACGCAACUCUGAUAGCCGAUUGUCUCGAAGCAACCUUCAACAGCAAACUCAACAUUCUAAUUAAUAACGCAGCCAUAACCGGCGGUACGAAAAUCGGCUCCACCUCCCCCGACCAAAUUCACCGCAUGCUCAAUGCCAACCUCCAAACGCCCAUCCUCCUCGUCGACGAGCUCGUCAAACGCAAACUCUUCCUCCCAAGCAGCAGAAUAGUUAACAUCUCCAGCGACCGCGCUCGAAGCACAUCAAACGAAUCCGUAAUCUACUCAGCUACUAAAGCAGGCCUGGAAAGUCUAGUGAGGACCUGGGCGAAGGUUCUAGGCGGGAAUGAGCACGAGUUCGCGUUCAUGGCGGGAACGACGGCGAAUAGCGUUUCGGUGGGGGCGACGGAGAGUGAGGUGGCGAAGAGGUUGGGGAGGGAGAGGUUGGAGGAGAGGUUGAAAGAGGAGUUGCCGAAGCAGUGGGUUGCGCCGGGGGGGAAGGGAUGGUUUGCGCAGGUUGAGGAGGUCGCGGAUGUGGUGGGGAUGUUGUGCUCGAGGGAGGGGAGGUGGAUUACUGGGUCUGUUGUUCCGGCAAAUGGGGGCGCAACUGUGAUUUUGUGAUUUGGAUAUGUAGGUCCUUAAGGGAAAAGUAGAAUUGUAUUAUUUUAUAUAAUUU